GGUUUGGGCGGAGCGAGCGUCCAUGGCGCGGGACGGUAAGCGCCAUCGCAGCAGUAGCCCGGAUCGCGGCGGCGGCGGCGGCGACAGGGACGAGGAUUCUAAGCAUCGUAAGUACUCCCAUCACCACAACCGCGAUAGAGAUCGCGAUAGAGAUAGAGACAGAGAUAGCCGAGAUAGGGGUCGAGAUCGGGAGAGGAGCAGCAGGGAGAGGAGCCGCAGCCCGGACAGGAGGGGGAGGAGCAGGCAUUCUUCACGCAGCCCAUCCCGUGACAAUGAGCCCGGCAGGCACAAUUCUUCCAGUAGAGCAUUUGGAAAGUGGAAGCAAAGGAGUCCCAAUCCUGGUGAGAAGUGGGAGAGGCGCGAUGAGCAGCAGCAGCAGCAGCAGCAGGAAGAGCUUGUGCCGAAUAGCAAAGAGCGCGAGCAGCUGGACAAGCAAUCGAUGAAAGCUCUGGCAGCGAUCCAGGACGGGAGUAAGAAAGCCAAGAGAGUGAUUGUCAAGCAGCGCGGCAAGUUCGACUGGGAGAACACCGAGGACACGUCCCAGGACAUGAUUCCUAUAUGCCACGGCCAGCUUCUCUUUGGACGGGGUUUCUAUGCCGGCAUGGAUCGACGAGAGCAAAAGAAGCAGUCGGCAAAGAUCGACCGGGAAUCCAAAGGACAGAUCGAACCCAAAUCACUGAAAUCGAGCUAUGAUCCUUUCGACGACAUGCCGGUGGACAGGCACUGGUCCGAGAAGGAGAUACACGAGAUGACGUCGAGGGACUGGAGGAUCUUUCGAGAGGACUAUAACAUUUCCUACAAGGGGUCGAGGUUCCCGAAUCCUGCUAGGAACUGGGAGGAGUCUGGGAUUUGCCCCGAGAUACUCAGGGCCGUGCAAGAAGCCGGGUACAAGAAGCCUACUCCCAUCCAGAUGGCUUCCAUUCCACUGGGACUCCAGCAGAGAGAUGUUAUUGGGAUCGCCGGGACUGGCUCCGGGAAGACGGCGGCCUUCGUGAUACCGAUGCUCAUGUACGUGUCCAGGCUUCCGAAGAUGACUUUGGAGAGAGCCAUCGAGGGGCCUUACGCGCUGGUGAUGGCUCCAACCACGGAGCUCGCGCAGCAGAUCCAGGAGGAGACCGUGAAGUUGGCGAAGUAUAUGGACAUCAACGUGCUGUCUCUCGUCGCCGGAGAAGCCAUCGGGGGGCAGAGCUCGAAGCUACUGCAAGGGUGUGAGAUCGUCAUUGCCACUCCGGGACGGCUCUUGCACUGCCUGGAGCAGGGAUACGCGGUGCUCCACCAGUGCAACUACGUGGUUCUGGACGAGGGCGACAGGAUGAUCGCGCUGGGUUUCGAGGAACAGGUGAUUGACGCCUUGGAAGCGAUGCCGUCGAGCAACAUGAAGCCCGAGAGCGAGGACGUGGAGCUGGAGGACAGGAUCUACCGGACGACGUACAUGUUCAGCGCGACGAUGCCGCCGGCGGUGGAGAGGCUGGCCAAGAAGUACCUGAGGAACCCGGUGGUGGUGACGAUCGAGGAGAUGAGCAAGCGCAUCAGCCAGAAGGUGAUAAUGGUGGACGAGGAGGAGAAACCCAAGCGGCUGCGGCGGCUGCUGGACGAGCUGGGCGAGAUGUCGACGAUCGUGUUCGUCAACACCAAGAAGCAGGCGGACAAGGUGUCGAAGCAGCUCCACGACAUGGGGAUCAAGGUGGCGACCAUCCACGGCGGCAAGACGCAGCAGAAGCGGCAGACCAACUUCCAGGACUUUCGGAGCAAGCGGCGGAGCUGCCUCAUCGCGACGGACGUGGUGGGGCGCGGGAUCGACGUCCCCGACGUCGGGCACAUCGUCAACUACGACAUGCCGUCCACGGUGGAGAUGUAUAUCCAUCGCAUUGGGCGGACGGGGCGGGCGGGCAAGAGCGGCGCCGCCACCACCUUCCUGACGCUCAAUGACUCCGAGGUGUUCUACGAUCUCAAGCAGCUGCUAGUCCGGACCAAGAACCCGGUGCCGCCGGAGCUGGCCAGGCACGAAGCUGCCAAAGUCAAGGUUGCGAAAGCCGCCACAACUUCUGGAGUCGAGUGAGAGAAGAGAGCUCGAGCUCGUCGUGUGAGAGCGCUGGACUUCCGCGAAGAGCUCGUUCACUUCCAGUUGCGGGAACUCGUCGUCCGGGUCGUAAAUCUCCUCGUACUCGGACUCCAAGGGCUUGACGUACUGCGACGAUAUGUAAUCGAUGUGCUUCAUCGCCUCGAUUAUGCGCCGCAAGAACUUGCAGCGAUAGAAGUUCGCCUUGCGCGUUGACAAUCGCAAAUCCCUUCUCACGCGAGCAACCUCCUCGUCCAUUUGUCCGCGAAAGGCAACAAUGUCCGCCACCUUCUCAUUGAUAGCGUCAACGUCCACAACCAACAUGUCCUUAUUUUUAGGGCUAGAGCUCAACCCAACCUUUUAAAGUCCGCCACCUUUUCAACCUUUA